GAAAGUUUUGACUUGUCAGCCUCCUAUUAUAGAAGCAUGUGGUUUAAUCUAUAAACUCACUGAGGAAACUGUUUACUUUGGUUAGAGUGUCUGUGGUUAAAAGUUGUAAAAUGACUGCAGUGUAAAAUCUCAUUUGCAGGAGCAUACUGUUUGCAGAUGUGACCUUAUCUACAGAGAGACAAAAAAGUGCAAAGACAGAUCUUGGCAAGAUGGUUUCUCAAUUUCAUGUGGAAAACAAACAGCCUCUCAGUGAAAACAGAUGUUUCAAGAGUUUUCAGACAUCACCUGUGCCUCCAAGAACUGAGAUGGGACAAAAGGAUGUUGUGGACUCCACUUCUGCAAAGCUCAAGAAAGAACUGGAGUGGCAGGUGGAGGAGAUUUCUGAAUUCCAUGAAUAUAAACUUCAUAGGCAUCAGCAGGUUCCUUGUUUGGAGGACAUAAGACAUUUGAAGGCAUGUUUGCAGAAGCUAAUGAAAAGGAUAGAAGAAAAGGAAAGGGACAUUAUAAAGGAAAAAAGGGAAAUAUUAGAAGAAAGAGAACUAGUCAUACAACAGGACAACAUCUUAAAGGACAUGCAGAUAAAAGUAAGCCACUUAGAAGAACAGCUCAAGAACUCUGAACUAAUUGGGUUAAAACUUUCAAAGCAAUUGCGGAAUCAGAUAGAAGCCUUGGGAGCAGGAAGCAGCCAACAUGAAGAGAAGGUGGACUACUGCACAAGCUCUCCUACUCAGAAGACAGCCACGGUGAAACAGACCCAGAAAUCAAUGACUGGCUACCUAAAAAAACUAUCUUUAUGUCUUAGGAAUGGUUUGUGGCAGAUUGGCAGGAUCUUGCUACAUUCUGGCUGCUCUUUUAUAGUAUUGCUUUUAUUUUACAAAUACUUAUCUGAUUUUACCUGGAUAUGUUGUCUACUGAAGAACAUCUCCCAGCAAUACUUCAAAACUUGUGCAUGGCCACAUUAACCUAGAAAAUUUUAAAGACUCCACACUGGGUUUUUGUAUGGUUCUCUGUUGCUUCUAUGAAGACUCCACUUUACAAUAAAGCUGUCAU